AUGGUGACCAUAGACUUCAGAAGUAAUGGAUGGAUACCAAGCGCUCCAGCAGAUCAGUGGAUCCAGGUCGACCUUGGUAAACCCAUGGUGGUUAUCGGGCUCACCAUGCAGGGAGACGACAGCGUGACCUGUUGUCAUGUCACGGCGUUUUCAGUCCAGCACAGCCUCACAGCCGAGUUGGAUGACUGGCAGAGUUUAGCCAAUGCAGACGGUGGAGCAAUCAGAUUCACCUUGAGCAGUGGUCGGCCGACGAACGUCACCUUUCCUGUGCUACCCAUGGCAAGGUUUAUUCGCAUACUACCCCUGGCCUGGGUUCAUCAGCAUUACAGAGUGAGGUUUGAAGUAUUUGGGUGCCAAGUCCCAGAUGGUUAUGUGAGGUUGGUGAAUGGCACUGAUGCUUCUCGUGGCCGAGUUGAAAUCUACCACCACGAUACAGCAUCCUGGGGAGCGGUGUGCGCUAAUGACUGGGGGAUAAACGACGCAAUCACGGUGUGCCGUCAGCUGGACCUCGGUGCUGCAAUCCAGGCCAACACAGCCUCAGAAUACGGGAGAGGUGACCUGCCGAUCAUGAUGAGCCGAGUCGCCUGUGAGGGGACGGAGAGCCGACUGGUCGACUGCCCGUUUGUCUGCACCGACUACCAGCAGUGUGAAAGCUCAAACGUUGCCGGAGUAUUUUGCUACCCAAAAAAUACUCUUCGGUUGGAGGGAGGUUCCAAUGAAUUCAGUGGCCGGGUGGAGAUCUUCCGAAACUACACGUGGGGAACGAUCUGCGACCGUGGCUGGGACGCCACGGAUGGCGGGGUGGUCUGCCGACAACUCGGGUACAGUGGCGCCGUGGAAGCCAAGUCCGGAGCGCACUACGGGGAAGGAAGCGGCCUCAUUCAUAUGGAGGGCGUGGCCUGUACCGGCUCAGAGGAGGGACUCGCUAACUGUCCGUCCCUCUGCUGGACAGCAUCCACCUGCAGCCACAGCCGAGAUGCCGGGGUCAUCUGCAGUGUCGAAACCAGUGGUUCUGAAGAAACCAACCCUGAGUGACGUGACUAUUGACAACUGGCUUCAUGCAGUGCCUGCGAUAGCCCUGCUUAUAGGCCUAUAUGGCAUACGCUUGAUAUAAAGGUUACUCCGUUGUGUAUUAAAUGUUGAAUUUUGGCAGGAAAAUUGGUUUUCAAACAAAUGCUUCCAAAUUUUACUCAACACUUCUUGAAGUCAAUAUUCAUUCAAUCAAUAAACGUUUGGCAUCGAAAGUUACCGCUAAGGGACGGAUAACAAAUUUUGGGGCAAAAUUAUUUUGUCAUUUUGUCACAAAAAAGUUGAAUCGUUCUACCAAAAUCGGCAGAAAAGAAAGGUGAAAUUAACAUAAUAUGGGGAUGUAGCAUUAAUUAAGAAACUACACUGUAUAAAAAA